UAUCUGAUGGCGCCGAAGCGAACUCAUCCUUCAGGGGCUGCUAAGCGUAAGGCUAAGCAGGCACGCAAAGAAAGUGCAGCUCGUGAUUCAGCUGUCAGUAACUGCAGUCUGAAUCAAUUCAGCUGUGGUGAUGAAAGAAACCUUUGUGUGCCUAAGCAUUGGAGGUGUGAUGGUGACAAGGACUGUUCUAAUGGUGCAGAUGAGGAAGGCUGUGCAAGCACGACCUGCAUAUCCGAUGAAUUUAAAUGUUUUCCUAAUAGCAACAUAUGUGUGCCUAAGCGGUGGAGGUGUGAUGGCAAUAAAGACUGUGUAAAUGGUGCAGAUGAGGAAGGCUGUGAUGUGAACGAGUGUUUUAAAAACAACGGAGGUUGCUCUCAUACCUGUAAGGACUUGAAGAUCGGUUAUGAGUGCAAGUGUCCCACCGGCAUGCGCUUGAGCGACAAAAAACACUGUGAAGAAGUGUCCAGCUAGUGACAGCUGAUGUUGGUUCUCAUGCAGAUACACCAGCAGACCAUCUCAUCAUGGAGAUGUCCAUUCCUUAAAGGCCUCUCUGUUCUCUAGAUGAGCUGAAUUAAAAAAAAAGAGAGAGAGAGAGAGAAUAGGAAAAUGUAUACAAAGUUUUUAAAUGAGAAAAUGUAAAUCAAAAUAUUAUGUUUCAUGUCCUUGUUUAUAUUAAAGGGAUAGUUCACCUAAAAAUGAAAAUCCUCCCCCUCAUGCCAUCGCAGAUGUGUAUGACUUUCUUCAGCAGAACACAAAUGAAGAUUUAUAGAAGAAUAUUUCUGCUCUGUUGGUCCAUACAAGGCAAGUGAAUGGUGACCAAAACUUAAAAGCUCCAAAAAGCACAUAAAGGCAGCAUAAAAGCAAUUAAUACAACUCAGACCAAAAUGUAACUCCUUUUUCUCUAUAAAUCUUGAUAUCAUCAGUUUAAUUUGUGAUUUUUUAUUUAAAGUUCGAUAACUAUUCAUGGCGCCAUCUAGUGCUCUGAGCAUGCUCAAGCACUAGCUAGUUGCAUAUGACAGCCAUAUAGAUUUUAUGGUUUAGCGAGUGUGGUCAUAGCUACUUCUGGUUUCGUCUGGUGCCGGUCCAGAGACCGCUGAAAAUGGCAGUUUACAUUGGGUGUUUAUAGAAAAUUGACUGAAAAUGUGUUGUUGUUAUGUAUUGCUGAUGUCAAGAUUUAUAGAGAAAAGGGGGUGAUACUUUGUUCUGUUCUCAUCCAGAAUCGACUGGAUCGCUUCAGAAGAUAUUGAUUUAACCACUGGAGGCAUAUGGAUUACUUUUAUUCAAAGUUCUGGUCACCAUUCACAUUGUAUGUACCAACAGACCUGAAAUAUUCUUCUAU